CCGGAUCUCACCAAGGAUUUACGUACUUGUUUCCUCCUCCUCCUCCUCCUCCUAAAUAUUCCCUUCCCCUUGAAACCACACCACACCACACCACAGAGCUCCCAAUGACGUCGACCACGGCGACAGAAGUGGUCGGACACAAGGAGCUCGGGACGGCACAUAUGUUGUGCGGUGCAAGCAACUUAUUCUCUAUUGGAUUGGAUUGGAUUGGAUUGGAUUUCCGCUGAGAACACGGGCGAACGCAAGCGCGCCACACCGCAGGACGUGUCCGGCGGUCCACUGGGCCAAAGGCCAGAUCUCGGCCCAGGCUACCCCGUACGCAUGACAUGAUGUGCGCAAGCCCAACCCACCGCCUGUGAUCCACCGGGCUCGUUAUUGGGUGGACGGGCCUGGCUAUGGAUGGAUCUGGCCCAAUACAUGCCAUCACCUCCCGACCCAGCCGCCGUCUCUCUCUUUCGGGGGAGGAAAGGGCGAGAGGCCGAGUCGAGGGGCGGCGGCGGCGACAGCGUCGACCGGUGGCGGAGGCGGCCGCCACCACCUCAACCCCCCGUGACCAGAGGGCAUAUUUCCUUCACAUAUCUCGGUCAAACAGCCGGCCGUCAAUCCGCCAUAGCUUUUCGGGGGAACGUGGUGAGGUUGUUCUGACCGGCGGUGAUCUGUUUUGGAGGCGGCCGUCCCCAGCCCAAGCUCGUCUGCCUAAGGUCGACGGCAAGACGGGACUGAGGCUGCAUCUGCGGGUUCUAUCUGUUGAGGACGCUGCCUUUCUUCCAACAAAAGCUUUCUCAGAUGGCCCCCAAGGAGCAAAGACUUCACCCUGAUCUGUUCAAGGUGACCCACCAGAAGGUGGUUGAUGCCAUCAGGGCAAACAUGCCUAAUCAGACCUCAUAUGAUCAAAUUAAGAUUAUCCAACUCAGCUGCGAGCCAACAGAUGAAGAAUUGUUGACGUUUUAUGCGGAGGUCCAUAAUCACCUAUUGGAGGUGGCUUCCCUUUGUAUUGACAAGAAUGCGGAUUUCUUUGCUCCAGAGGAGGGAUUCGUGGAAGGCUUUGUUCCUGAGAUUGCAGAAGGACUACCAGUGUUAAGGCUUCAAACUAAGAAUAUAUCAUAUUUCAUUGUUGAGUUUGUUGGUCCUGGAGAACCACGCCUGCAAUUUGCUGUUCGCCAUGACAACCUGUACUGUGUCGGUUUCCGGGUGUUGUCUGCAAAUGAUAACGCAAAAACCAAAGCUUGGUCCUCUUUUGGUGAUGUUAGUCUUUUGAAGUGUGCUGCAUUUCCGAAUGUUGAGGCAUCUAGAUUGUCAGAGAGCUAUAAAUCUUCCAAAUCAGUGCGAAUAUACCCCAAGGUUUUCCCACGAAUAUAUAUGUACUUCUCCAAAUACACUUGCACUUCUGCUGUAGCUGUUGGGGAAUUGUUAAAAGACACAUUGUUUGUUGUUGCAAGUUUCUAAUGAAAAAGUACUUGAGGUCAAAGGUCAGGGAAUAUACACUUUUGUUAUCAUGGUUGUUUCCUUAUAGUGAACAACUUUGAUCACCACUUCAGCAGCUACUAUCUAUAAGAAGACAUUAGCUAAGUAGAUACAGGCAAAGAAAGCAUGUAGGCAAAACCAGAAUUAAAAACAUCCUUCUCAAUGGAGCUCGUGCAGUUCGGAAGACCCUAAUGAUCGAUGAGGGACCCCUCCGAUGGUAGCAUGGCGUGACAAUUGCCGUCAAUGACGACACCCAAAGUACCUUGCACAAUCCAUCGAUCCAGUUCGGAACAAUCAAGCACAUACCUUGCAAAGUGAUGUGGAUCUGAAGCAGAGGUGGGAAGGUAAAGGCUCAGGUGAGGUGGAAUGAGACGUUGAUAUAGACGUGCACGCAUGAGAAUAAGGCGGUGCCCAGGAUGGAUCUCCAUCGGAGGAGGACAGAUCCGCUGGGGAGGAGGUCGCUGUAGUACCUGCCAUCUGUGCGAUGGAUCACGGGGCUAGCAGGCAGGGGGAGGGGAUAGGAGGGAGCGGGUGGGCUAGAGCGCAGAUGGCGGGUGCCCCCGACGACGGCUGGGAAGGAUGGUGGAGGAGGUGGAUGAGGAUGGCGGCGGCGGCGUCUGCGGUUGCGCCUCGUCCGCAGCCGUGCUGGUGGUGGUCGAUGCGAGAGUCGGAUGGCGUCGGCCAGAAUCAGGCAGGGGCGACAAAGAUUUAGAGGAGAGAGAGAAUGGAGGCGAUGAGCGAUGGGAGGAAGGGCCACCGGCGAUUGGGGUGGCCUCAGAUCCGCCCUCCGUGGCCGCCUAUUUCAUGGGACGAACACCCGUGCUCACCGUCGGGCUCGCCUUCGGCCGCUGCCUCGCCGACAUUCACGACGUAGAGCCCCUUCCUUCGAUCCCAUUUGCCAGGGAGGCAGCGCCAUCCUUCAUCACAGAGAACGAGUCCACACUGAGAUCCCAACCAGAUCGUGAUUGCGCCUCCCCAAACCGCAGCGGCACAUCCCACUCCAUCAACGACCAACCUAUAUGAGGCGGAGGGUCAGUGUAGGACGCGAGCGCCGUCACCAUGGACGUGGGGGACGCCGUAGGUGGGAAGGAGGCGGCGACAGCGUCUGUGUCAGGAAGAUCGCACGACGGUGGCGGCGUUUACUCGAGGGGAUCGAGAGGAGCUGCGUUUGGUGCCGGGUGGGUUCUUUGGUGCGUGCGUGGGGCUGGAGGUUGUGAUAGGUGAUCAGGUGAGGGCGUGCCAUACCUGGAUCGAUAGCCUUACCAUACCUGGUGGUAAUUUAAAUUUAUUACCAUAUUCGAUAUUUCCCGAGUUAUGGCCUUACCAUACCUGGAUUGAUAGCCUUUGGGGUAAUUUAAAUUUAUUACCAUAUAAUUACCAUAUUCAAAAUUUCCUGAGUUAUGACCUUACCAUACCUGGAUUGAUUUAUUACUAUACGUGGAUUAAUUAUGAUUGAUUACCAUAAAUACGUUGGUGCGUGCGUGGGGCUGGAGAUUGUGAUAGGUGAUCAGGUGAGGGCGUGCCAUACCUGGAUCGAUAGCCU